CUGCGCAGUCGUCUUAUACAUUUAGCAAAGAACGGUCACAAAAAGGCAGAACGAGAGAAAAUAUACUAACCUAACCGGAGGAAACGAUUUUAUGUCCGUAAGGAUUAAAGCUAUAAGAGCCGAUAGAAGCCGACUACAGCGGAGGAGGCAGAGCAGUGACGGUAAACAACCAUCGAUGUGCCUCUGAUAUCCGGACAUACAAGUCAUCUUUUUUGCCUGAGUAGGAAGAGACGAGUCGCCGACAGAGAAACAUCCAGACUGAAAGCAUGAAUCCCGAAUAUGACUAUCUGUUCAAGCUGCUGCUCAUUGGAGACUCUGGUGUAGGAAAGUCUUGUCUUCUACUGCGUUUUGCUGAUGACACCUACACAGAGAGCUACAUCAGCACCAUUGGAGUGGAUUUUAAGAUUCGCACCAUCGAGCUGGAUGGCAAGACCAUCAAAUUGCAGAUUUGGGACACUGCAGGCCAGGAGAGGUUUCGUACUAUCACCUCCAGUUACUAUCGUGGAGCCCAUGGCAUCAUAGUUGUUUAUGAUGUGACAGACCAAGAGUCCUAUAACAAUGUCAAGCAGUGGCUUCAGGAAAUUGACCGAUAUGCCAGUGAAAAUGUCAAUAAACUUCUGGUGGGCAACAAGUGUGACUUGACGACUAAGAAAGUAGUGGACUACACAACUGCUAAGGAGUUUGCUGACUCUUUGGCGAUCCCCUUUCUGGAGACCAGUGCCAAGAAUGCCACAAAUGUAGAGCAGGCUUUCAUGACCAUGGCAGCCGAGAUCAAGAAACGCAUGGGCCCCGGGGCCACAGCUGGCGGGGACAAGCCCAACUUAAAAAUCGAUAGCACCCCCGUCAGGCAGUCUGGAGGGGGCUGCUGUUAAAGGACCUACAACCACACCACAACCAUCUCAGUGAUUUCUCUACUCUGUUCCCUCCCAUCCCCCGUAGAACUCACACACCACCAUAUAACCCACUCCCACUUUCCCUCUGUGACCUGCUCAGACAGAGGUCUAAACUGCAAAGUCAGAUUGAAUCUGUAUGAGGGUUAAUUCAGACCUGUUCAGCCUUUUGAUUAGACAGAGAGGAAAGCAACCAGGAAACACACUGAGACAAUUUGUAUCUUUUGCCGUGGAGGCAGAAGGAAAUAAAAUAUGGCAGGAGAUUGGCAUUAAUUUAGAACGACAUGGAGAUAAAAGAUUAGGUUCAAAUUUAAGUGAAGUUAUUGCUUCGAAACACACACACAGGAGUCUGAUGGCACGAGUUACAAAAAUUAAAGCCAUUUGGCCAAAUGCAUUUCUCCUUGGGCUCCGUCUGUUUUUACUGAUCUCAGCCCAAACGUCACUCACACUGCACACACUCACUACGCUACACACUGUGGAUGACCUGAACUCUUUAGGAUGCUAGCAGUCUAACUGUGACACAUCGUUGCUAUUUCCUGAGGAGGGUCUAGGAUGGAUGGAUGGUCUAGGGAAAGCCCAAUCAGGGAGCCCCCUCUCCUUCAUCUAUUUCCUUCUUCUUCUGAGCCACUUUUUUAUAGUGUGUUUAGACAAAAGCAAGGUGAAUGUUUUUAUUAUGUAACUCUUGUUUGAGGAAUCAGCGUUCUUUUGCCUCAGUCAGCCAGUGUAUUAAACAUACAGACGUAUGCUGUGAGGCAGCAGGACACAAACCCCACUGACUAUGUCCAAGAGAAUCUGUUCCUGUCUGCUAGUCUGUUUGUAUGUUUUGGAACAGUUACAUUUUCCCCCAAAGUUUUUAACUCGAGCACCUGGGUCUAACUUUGCUUCAUCAUGUAUCAUGUCUGUGUAAUAUAUAGUCACGUGUUCUGUGUGGACACACCUUGCUCACUCUUUUUCAAACAGACUGGGACUCUCUGCUACGGCCUUCUUAGUGCUCACUCUGUUUCAUCCAUGUAAAGAGAUGGAAAGUGUCGAUGUGAAAGAUGGGAGAAGGAGAACUUGCUUUCAGUCUCUUUAUAGUGGCAGUUGUUGUGUAAGAGUAAAGUAACUAAGCCUUUCUAGCAGAGGCUGAACCGCUGGCUGGGUCACCUGAGCCUGACUCUUACUGUUGUUUUGUUGUUGUUGAUUUGAGUCAAAAAUUCAGAUAUCAAUAAAAUCACCAAUAUCUGUAUUUAUCUACAUACAUACAGAAUGUAAGUAUUGUAAUAGAAUCAGAGCUGCUCUGCUGGAUAAACUGUGAUUGCACCGUUUCUAAAUGAUCUCGAGCAUCUUUUUGCUGCAUUCUGUAUUGGAUGGUAUAUAAACUGAUUUGGCUCGGGCCAUGAAGGUGUUUCCCUGACACUGCACAUACAUGAUGAAAGAUGACUAAGCUGGAGUGAAGAGAUUCACUCAGUCAGUCUUACCCAUGUUUCAUCAAAUCCUGCAGAACUUUUUGUCCCAGGAAAUGUUUAAGGAUCUUAAAGGUUCCUUUAGAUUGGAGUUCAUCUGUGUUUCCACUGCAGCCUGGAGUCCAGUCUACUGGAAUGCAAUAAAGAUGAGCAACCAUGUUA